CGAGCGCCGCGGGGAGGGGUGUCAGCUCCAGCGCGCGGGGGAUUUUAAUCCGAUUCCGGCCGGCCCGGAUUUUAUUGGGAGCGGGUUUUAAAGCGUCUGUCGUCCCUCUCGCCUCUGCGGACGGGGCAGCAUGUCCGAAGCGGAGCAGCAGUUGGCGUCCGCCGCCGGCGCCACCCAGAACGGCCACGAAGCGGCCGAGAGCGCCGGAGAGCAGCAGGCCGAAACCGGCGGGGCUCCGGCGGCAGCGGGCGCAGCAGCGGCGACGGCAACGGCGGGAACGGCAGCGGCGGGAGCCGGAUCGGCGGCGGGAACAGCAGCAGGGGCGGCCGCCAGCCAGAACGGAGCCGAAGGCGACCAGAUCAACGCCAGCAAGAACGAGGAGGAUGCGGGGAAGAUGUUUGUUGGUGGCCUCAGUUGGGAUACAAGCAAAAAAGACUUGAAAGAUUACUUCACCAAAUUCGGUGAGGUAACUGACUGCACGAUAAAGAUGGACCCUAACACAGGAAGAUCCAGAGGCUUUGGAUUUAUUCUCUUCAAAGAACCUGGGAGUGUUGAAAAGGUUCUGGAACAGAAAGAACACAGGCUAGAUGGAAGACUAAUUGACCCCAAGAAGGCCAUGGCAAUGAAAAAGGAUCCAGUGAAGAAAAUAUUUGUUGGUGGACUAAACCCAGAAGCCACAGAAGAGAAAAUCAGGGAAUACUUCGGAGAAUUUGGAGAGAUUGAAGCAAUUGAACUUCCAAUGGAUCCAAAGACCAACAAAAGGAGGGGGUUCGUGUUCAUCACUUUCAAGGAAGAGGAUCCAGUGAAGAAGGUUUUGGAGAAGAAAUUCCAUAACGUCAGUGGAAGCAAGUGCGAGAUUAAAGUAGCACAGCCAAAAGAAGUAUACCAGCAGCAACAGUUCAGUAGUGGUGGAGGAAGAGGUAGCUAUGGAGGAAGAGGCAGAGGUGGAAGAGGCGGUGCUCAAAGUCAAAAUUGGAAUCAAGGUUAUGGCAAUUACUGGAACCAGGGUUAUGGGAAUCAAGGAUACGGCUAUCAGCAAGGUUAUGGUGGCUAUGGAGGCUAUGAUUAUUCAGGAUAUGGGUAUUAUGGAUAUGGACCAGGCUAUGAUUACAGUCAAGGCAGUGCAAAUUAUGGGAAGACACCAAGACGUGGUGGUCAUCAGAAUAACUACAAGCCAUAUUGAUCAAACUUAUUCAGGCCUGGCAGUGGUCACAGUUGAUGCCUACAAGCACUGGAUAUUCCACAAGUUGAAGACGGAAUACUGACUUGUUUACCUGAAGAUAAUAGGACUUCGGGGUAUUUCCUCAGAGAAAAUAUAAAUUUUAAUAUAAUUUCAUAAGCUUUGGAGGUUAGCUUGUCUUGUAGCUUCAGUGAUAUCAAACUUCUUCAAGUAGGAGCUAGAUAGAAAGCUGUUUAGUUUUUGCCAGCGUAUGUAAAACAAGACUUUUCUAUCUGCAUUGUAGAUUGUUUGUGGACACUUCCAGAUUCUUGUGCUUUCUGCAGUCAUUCUGGGGACUGAACUCUCAUUGAUAUUGAUAAGAGGUUCCAUGAGCAGGACACGUGCAGGAAUUUAAACGUAGAAGCCCACAGUGUGGUUUGGAGUAGUGAUUGCUUUUAGUUUGGACGUGACUCGGGAGAUGGGAAGAGCAACUGUACAUUAAGGGAACAAUUACAGAUCAUCUUCCCAGUGACAUCAAUGAGAGAUUUGCCUUCAACCUUCCAUAGAAGAUGAUUUUUAGCUUUAAUUUGAGACAGUAAAGGGGUUUUCAAAAGCACUAAAAGCCAGUGGGAGCUUGGUUAAGCUGCUCCUUAUGCCUUUAAAAACCUCUGCACCAAAAGUGAUAGCUAACAACAUGAAAUGGAAGUAAAUAAAAUUCAUUUUCAUUGCUGUUUUGAGUUACAUAAUUCUUGUUUCUUGAUUUGUUAGUUGAUAUGAAUUUACAUGGAUUUAACCUAUGUGGUGACCAAGAAGAUGGUCAGUAACUGAUAAAGAUGCAAAGUACAGCCACAAAGCAAGCAAUGUUUAGGUGUAGACCCUAAGCAGUUAAAGACAGGUAACAAAAGUUCACUGCCUACAGCCAUAAGUCUUUUGUGUCCACAUCUCCCAAGCUAAAUGGCCAUUUCAGCACUUACCAGCAGGUAACAAAUGCUCCAGGACUAAAAGGAUAAGCUCAAGGACACCUAGGACCCAAUCACAGAUAAGAACUCAGUUAUCAAACAUCACCCUGCCUGCAUGGAGCACUGAGCAUGUUCUCAGUGUUCUUAGAGCAUAAGAGCAAGAACUACCUUAGCACUAGGUCAGCUUGGGCAGGGCAGAUCACCCCUGGAUGGUCACAUCCCUCUCUCAAGUCCUCUCUGGCAGUAGCUGCUGCAAGAGAUGCAGUGGAACAAGGAUCUAACAAAGUUCAGAUCUAGUCAAUGCACCAAAAAUUACUUCCUUUUCUAUUCUCUAAGAUCAAGGACACAAAGAGCCCUUGUGUCAUCUGGUUUGAUGUUGUGGUCAGGCUCUUAAUUUCACCUAAGACUCCUGCAUAGAGCCUAGCAACUUGUGUUGGGCUGAAGUAUUUCCUAAGUGUUUCCUCCAGAAAUUAUCUGUUCAAUCAAAAAGGCAUUAAAGUGGUGGGUAUUACAUCACUGGUCUGGUUAGGAUUAAGUAGUCUCACCAAAUCCAUCGCUUACUUUAUUUGAUUUUGUGUAGCUUUAGUUUCUACCCCUUGGAUGGAUAUUUGUACAUUUUUUUCUGCUCAUUAUAAGAAUCUGUUAAUAUAAAGUGUCUCCUCCCUCUAAAGGAAUCUGAUUGCCUCUUGAUUUUCAUUGUAAGCUGAACAGACUCAGCUGUUAGCCAUUUUAUUCCUCCCUGAAAUAAUUUUAUGGCUUUUAGUGCCCAUAUUUUUUUUCAACAUCUUUAAAAAUGUGGACAGUGGGAUAGUUUGCAAAUUAUUAACUUAUCUCACUUAAUGCAGACAUCCAAAUCUUAAUCCUCCUUUUAUUCAUUACCUUGCUCUGCAUGGGAUAUGCCUGAGAUGAUUUGAAAGAGACCCAAAAAGGGGAGAGGAGGACAAGGGGAGUGUGCAGAGUUAAGAGUUUACAAUUAAAACCACGUAAACCAAGACAAAUCAAACACAAAUGAGCCCUCCAAACCAAGACAAUUAAAUACUCCAAACUCCCAAGUUUUGGGAAUCCCAACUGCAACAUUAUGUUCUCUAUUGUUUAAGAGCAAACUUCAGCAGAGCCGUCCCUGUCCUGCAAUUCUCCACACUCAAAGUACUGACUCAUUUUUUGUGUUUUGAAAUCCUGCAGUGGAGCUUUCUUAGGGAGUUUGGGUUCCACAGUAAUAAAGCCCUUGCACAGCUUCAGCCACACACCCCAGAACAGGACACAGAGGUGUUUUCCUCUUGAGGGGAAAAAGCUUUUCUUGAUAGUAGCAGAAAUACCCACAGGUAGUCAAGAUUGUUCAGUUCAGGUAGCAGUGAGGGGAGCUUGGCUUUGUUUCCUCUUCAAGUUGCAAGUCCUUCUCAUGUUUGACCAGCUGGGACAUACAGCAGCUUCUUUGAUUCCUAGGGCUGCAUCCUUUUUUUCUUCUUUGUUUUCAACCAGGUGUUUUCACCCUUUUAAUGUGCAAUGCAAAUACAGAGUUGAGAGGCAAAGGAGGAGGGGGAUUUCUCCCCCCUUCAUGCAGUAAGGCACACAAGGCAACCCGCUGGUCUCAGUACUGUUAGUUCACACAGCAACACCAGCAGUGAACACUGCUUAUCCCCAGGCACUGGCACUGGUACCUUCAUCAAAUCCUGAUGUUACCAUGAGCAUCUUAGGGGUUUGGGAGCUUUACACUAUUUGCCAAGUCCAUAAAUGACAGAAUCCAGUAUAAAAAAAGGUCAAUAUAUUACUGUUGAAAGUUUUUUUUUUUUCUCCUUUUUUUAUACAAAAAUUAAAAAGAUCAAAAUAUAUCACAUUAUUUACAUAUUGUGCUUCAUGCUCAGAGAUCACUGAAAGAGAACACACAGACAUACGUUUUAAUUAGAAGCGUUCCACUCAUUAUCUUUACUACUCUUGUUAAUAAUGUAAGAAUUGGCAUUCAGGUUUCUUUUAGUAUUAACAGUACAUCCAAACAACUUAACCACAGAAUUAAAAAACUUUUAUAUGCUAAGGGCAUGCUUACAGCUUAACAAGGAUUUGCAACCAGUUAGUAACAUGCUUGCUAUUAACUCAGACUGUGUCCACAUACCACAUGUUUGGAACUGGGUCAGUAAUUCCUCUCAGCUUCAGUGUCAUAUUUUUGUUGCGAGAAUGAGGUUACAGCAUCCUCCCACAAUCAUGAUCAAGUCCUCAUCUUACAGAGGGGAUACCUGUCCCCCUCAUUCUCCUGGGCUGCCUUCAGCACUUACAACCCCUGGCUGUUGACCACCUGCAGCCAGAUGGACUGAUUUGAGUCUUGAAAUAUUGUAGGGGUUGUCAAUUAUCAUGUUAAUAGCAGAAAACUCUUUGGAAAUCCCAUGUUUUGUAAAGAAGUUGCCCACUGUAGAAGUCUCAGCUGUGGGGCUGAGUAGGUCACACAAGCACAUUUUGCAGAGUGAUGCAGACUUUGCACAAGUGAUUCCUUAACUGCCUGGGCUAUUAAAAAAAGGGCAAAAGCAGAGCAAGCCUGGAAAAAAAAAAAAGGCAUUGCUACCCAGCAGUGUUAAGGAAAAUGAUUUUUCAUGCUUAACAAGUUUUUGGAGUGAUGUUCCCAGCCCCAGUCUACAGCUGUGGGGAACAAGACACAAAGCUAGAUGGAAUCCUGCUCUCCCAGAUGCCUGCCAGACACAUAACCUGUUGCUUAAAGGAAGUGCAGCAAUGCAAACAAUCACCAGGCAGCCAGCAAAACUACUCAGGACCUGCUGAAGUUUACACGAUUACUAUUAUUACUGUACCUUAUGCCAACAUCCUGCUACUGGCAGUCCGUCUGGGCCCUGCAAAAUUGAAUUCAGAGAUUCAAUUUCUGUUGACAGUGACUUAAAAGUCUGACCCAAAAACCUGAAGCUCAGCCCUUGCAAGGCUGAAAGGUUUAACAGCACUGUUAAUUACCAUGCAAACCCCAUUUGCUGUAUAUGCAGAAAAACAAACACGCAGGCAACGUAAUCUGUGUGCUUAACAACAAAAUUGAGUACUCUCCACGUUAAAAA